AUGUGGGCAGGGCCCGGAGCACCCCAAAACUCCCGGGCGGACUCAAAUUCCCGGAGGGGGUCAGGGCUGAGACUGGCCUUCCCUCCGGAUCCCCGGUGCCCUCCGGACUCCCCCCUUCCCUCCGGAUCCCCGGUGCCCUCCGGACUCCCCCCUUCCCUCCGGAUCCCCGGUGCCCUCCGGACUCCCCCCUUCCCUCCGGAUCCCCGGUGCCCUCCGGACUCCCCCCUUCCCUCCGGAUCCCCGGUGCCCUCCGGACUCCCCCCUUCCCUCCGGAUCCCCGGUGCCCUCCGGACUCCCCCCUUCCCUCCGGAUCCCCGGUGCCCUCCGGACUCCCCCCUUCCCUCCGGAUCCCCGGUGCCCUCCGGACUCCCCCCUUCCCUCCGGAUCCCCGGUGCCCUCCGGACUCCCCCCUUCCCUCCGGAUCCCCGGUGCCCUCCGGACUCCCCCCUUCCCUCCGGAUCCCCGGUGCCCUCCGGACUCCCCCCUUCCCUCCGGAUCCCCGGUGCCCUCCGGACUCCCCCCUUCCCUCCGGAUCCCCGGUGCCCUCCGGACUCCCCCCUUCCCUCCGGAUCCCCGGUGCCCUCCGGACUCCCCCCUUCCCUCCGGAUCCCCGGUGCCCUCCGGACUCCCCCCUUCCCUCCGGAUCCCCGGUGCCCUCCGGACUCCCCCCUUCCCUCCGGAUCCCCGGUGCCCUCCGGACUCCCCCCUUCCCUCCGGAUCCCCGGUGCCCUCCGGACUCCCCCCUUCCCUCCGGAUCCCCGGUGCCCUCCGGACUCCCCCCUUCCCUCCGGAUCCCCGGUGCCCUCCGGACUCCCCCCUUCCCUCCGGAUCCCCGGUGCCCUCCGGACUCCCCCCUUCCCUCCGGAUCCCCGGUGCCCUCCGGACUCCCCCCUUCCCUCCGGAUCCCCGGUGCCCUCCGGACUCCCCCCUUCCCUCCGGAUCCCCGGUGCCCUCCGGACUCCCCCCUUCCCUCCGGAUCCCCGGUGCCCUCCGGACUCCCCCCUUCCCUCCGGAUCCCCGGUGCCCUCCGGACUCCCCCCUUCCCUCCGGAUCCCCGGUGCCCUCCGGACUCCCCCCUUCCCUCCGGAUCCCCGGUGCCCUCCGGACUCCCCCCUUCCCUCCGGAUCCCCGGUGCCCUCCGGACUCCCCCCUUCCCUCCGGAUCCCCGGUGCCCUCCGGACUCCCCCCUUCCCUCCGGAUCCCCGGUGCCCUCCGGACUCCCCCCUUCCCUCCGGAUCCCCGGUGCCCUCCGGACUCCCCCCUUCCCUCCGGAUCCCCGGUGCCCUCCGGACUCCCCCCUUCCCUCCGGAUCCCCGGUGCCCUCCGGACUCCCCCCUUCCCUCCGGAUCCCCGGUGCCCUCCGGACUCCCCCCUUCCCUCCGGAUCCCCGGUGCCCUCCGGACUCCCCCCUUCCCUCCGGAUCCCCGGUGCCCUCCGGACUCCCCCCUUCCCUCCGGAUCCCCGGUGCCCUCCGGACUCCCCCCUUCCCUCCGGAUCCCCGGUGCCCUCCGGACUCCCCCCUUCCCUCCGGAUCCCCGGUGCCCUCCGGACUCCCCCCUUCCCUCCGGAUCCCCGGUGCCCUCCGGACCCCCCCCUUCCCUCCGGCUUCCCGCUGCCCGCCAGCCCCCUCUGCCCACCCUGCCCUUGCUGCCCACUCGAUCCCGCUGUCCACUCGACCCCUUCUCCCACACCCGGGAGCCCCCGGCCGGGCAGGGGACUUUUGGGAAAGUCCGGUGGGUCCGGGCUGCUCCCAUUGAGUGCCCAGUGCUGUACUGGGACAGGACAAACGCCACCAGCGCCAGAGUGCCACCCCCAGCACUCCUGGCCCUUUGCAGGCUCCAGCUGCUCCCGUUGCCCCCACACAGCCGCGAGGGUGAUCCGAGGCAGGGGGCCCGCAGGACACACGGAUUUGGCUGCUCCUGA